UGUUCUUCCUCUCAAGAGGUUUUAGCAUUGAAUUAGUCCCCCCCGUGUCGUUUUUAGGCACGAAAAGGAAUUAAUCUGGGAACACGGGAAAGGUUACAAAGAUGGGUCGGGGGAGGAUCGAGAUCAAGAAGAUCGAGAAUGUGAACAGCAGGCAGGUCACGUUCUCGAAGCGGCGUAACGGGCUGUUCAAGAAGGCCAAUGAGUUAUCGGUCCUCUGCGAUGCGGAAGUCGCCGUCAUAGUUUUCUCAAACACUGGGAAGCUUUACGAGUUCUCGAGUACCAGCAUGGAGCACACGCUAGUUAGACACCAGAGGGGACUUCAUCAUGAAUUGCCCGAAAAUUCAUCCGAUGGGCGUGUCGUGGAGGAACAUCGACAUCAAACGGAACUAAACGUGUUGAAGAGUGAAAUAUCGAGGCUCCAUAUGGCAUACUCGCGGCUGAUCGGUAGGGAACUAGAAGGCUUGAGCUUCAAGGAGCUGCAGCAGAUAGAGUGCCAAUUGACUGAAGGGUUGUUGUCUGUUAAGCAGAAGAAGGAAGGAUUCUUGUUGGACCAACUUGGGAAAUCAAGAAUACAGGAAGAAAAGGCGACUCUUGAGAAUGAGGCUCUACGCAAAGAGGUAGAGCAGCUCAAAGGAGAGAGCCAAAGGAAAGCACUGCUAGAAUUUCAUCCUCUGGAAGGGAAAUUCUCACUCUCAAACCCAAAACCCAUUAAGUCUUGCACUUCUGACCCAAACGAAGGCCCUGAUGUCUCUCUACAAUUAAAUAGUUUGGCAACAAGUCGUGGUGACCGUAAGAGGAAAGCAGCUGAGAUGGAGAAUAUUGCUUGUGAUGAUUCUGGAAGUCAAGUGGCCUCUGAGUGAUAUAUACAUUCCAUCUUCCCUUUUCCAUACUUCUUGAAGCAAUUAAUCCCUCAAAUUGUUGAUUUAGGUUUUCUAUUAGGGUUUGAUGGGUACUUGAAUCUCAGCUUUCCUGCCGUGUCCGAUGAUUGAUUGCCCAUAUUCAAACAAUCAAGCCAGUGAAUUUAGCAAUGGUCACCCCGU